AUGUCUGGAUACUACCCGCCAGGCAACAAUGUGCCGUUUCAGUACUACAACAUCAAUCCAAACGCGCUUCCUGACUCCAACGCACGCAAUGGUGCCCCGCUGCCAAGGAUGAUACCAGACCCAUCCUAUGCUCCAGGACUACCAGAAAAUCCAUUCCACCCUGCGAUCACCGGACCAUUUGUACAGUACACAGAACCGCCUAUGCACUCCAAGUAUGGCGAAAUGUAUGAAGAUAUUUCCGGUCCAUUGGGAUCAGCGCAAGGCAGCAAUGCUCGUGCCAGGCGGCGAGCGUUGCCGGGCGAACAAGUGAAGCAUCGCAGGACGAGGAGUGGCUGCUUCACCUGCAGACAAAGAAGAGUCAAGUGUGAUGAAGCUCAUCCUACGUGUGACAGGUGCCGGAAGGGUGGUCGUGAGUGCAUUUAUCCGGACAAAGAGUCUAGCCAGAAACCGAUUCGCAGUGGGUCCAGGUCGGAGAAGUCCUCCGCAGAAGGAACCUCGUCGCCAGAAGACCAUGAAGAGGACGGAAACGAACAUCUACCCAUAAUUUAUGACGAUGAUGAAGCGGAAGACGAUGACAUGGAAGCUGGCUUCAUAGGAAAGAGCCAGGAUUGGCGCGACUCGCCCGCAUCGACCUUCGACCAGAGUACUUCACCAUCCACGGAAGCUUCUUCGACAGUUCCUCCAACUAUUCAGCAAUCGCUCUCUCGCAGAAGCAGCGCGCAGAUCAUGAAACCUGCAGCCCAGCCCAGAACCUCCUCACAGAUGCCCAAAGACGUGCAGUUCUAUUUGAACUACUUCAAGGACCACAUGACCCAUCACCACUACUCGUUGAAGCAUGAUUCUCACAACUUCCUCAAAGGGGAAUUCUUGAGUCAUGCUUUGAAAUACGAGCCUUUGAAAUACGCAGUUGGGGGGUUUGCAGCGUACUUUCAUACAAUCUCUCAGCCAGAUGGUCGCAUGUCGACGUUCCUCCAAUUCUACAAUGAGUCGGUUUCGCGCCUUCGAAUGUCCAUUACGAAAAACAAGAAGCAGGGACUUGCAACUUUCCUCACCAUCCUUCAGCUUGCAAGCAUUGAGGAAAUGCUCGGCGACUGGGUCAAUCUCAUGGGCCAUCAGAAGGCUGCAUUUGAAAUGCUCACACGUCUGUAUACACCAAAGACCAUCGUUCAGUCAGACUUUUUGCUCAAAGUGUUACUGUGGUACACUCGGUUCGACCUGUUUGUUGGCCUCCAAUCAGGUGGAGAGGCAGUGCUAAGUCGAGACUGGUAUGAUGCAGUGCAUGAAUGCUACAUUACAAAGAUACGCGACAACCCUGACAACAUGGGCUACAAGUACGAAGAACGCUUCGCAUACUCUCGAAUCGUAGCCAAGGAAUCAAGUGAUCUCUUCUCCCGAAUGGGGAAAGGUCUGCUCAGCCCUGAAGAAUUCAUGAAGCAGCUGCCGGUGGUGAAAAGUAAGGUAGAGGGUCUGACUAAGACUGUCAGCUCAGAGUGUCUAGAUCCCACCUACAAGGUCGAGAACCUCCAUGGACAGCCCGGACCUGAAGAUAUCGUCAACGCCUUCGAACCUAAUGUCAUUUGGGGAGAUGAUUUGUGGACAUCGAACUUCUUGUUCUUGGAUUUCUGGAGCAUCAACUUCAUGUACGACAUCUCGACGUCGAUGGCGUUCAAAAAGCCUUUCGAACCGGAACUUACGGCACUGGCAUUCAAGUCUGUGCAAGUCUUCGAGGCGAUGUGUGCAUAUCCUAAAGCGCCGUAUGGUGCCAUCAUCGAAGCGCAAGUCAGUUUUGCCAUCGCCACACUCUUCCUACCAAAGGACCCAAAGACGGUGCAGUGGUGCCGAAGAACAUUCGCAAAGGUGGAAUCUCUUGGGUACAUCUACCCAGAUGUCAUGCGCAAUCGCAUGCUUGAAGUCUGGGGUCUUGAACCUUCCGAUUGGUGGCUACCUAACGACGAGGGAUGCCCACCUAUCAUCCGAUCGAUCAAAAACUUUAUCCGCGAAAGAUCAACAGCGCCUCGAGACCAGGUUUCUGAGGACCUUAAGGAGAUGAGAGGCAUAUUCAGCGGCCUCAAUAUUUCUGAUUCUCCGGGAUCGGACAGCAUGACCGUCACAAGCAACGACAGCGCAACAAAGGGUGCACCUAAUCAAUUCAAUGGAUCUCCAGAAUGGUGA